UUGACAUUUUAUUUUGGUCAUAUUGACCCAAGUGCAUAUUUUGAUUUGAAAAAAAUAUAUAUCAUAUUAAUUAUAUUUAACAACAUUUAUUGGCACAAUGUUAAAACGUUUUACGUCAUUGCUAAUUCAACAUCGAGGAGUUAAGCAGCUAGUGAAUGUGAAAUGGGUACGACCUGAAUAUGUACCUUCAUACAAACCUGAAAAAUCUGGAGAUUUAGAAGGUCUUCCAUCUGAUGCAGAUUCAUCGUGUGGCAUUGAUUAUGCUUUAAGUGAAGAAAUAAAGGAUGCCCCAGAGGAUGUAAAAAAAAUAUUUUCUAUUGCCCAUCUUGGCAGGAAGGAGUACAAAGAGUUUAUUAAGAAUGAUCUUAUAAACAGGGUCAGACGACAUAAAUAUGAUGAAUUCACAACUGAAACAAGAAUUGCGAGAAUGACCGGUCACAUCAGGUGCUUACAAGAGACCAUGGAAGAACACCCUCGGAAUAUUAAAGUGAAGCAAACCGUUCAAGAAAUGAUUGACAAACGAAAAAAGUUACUGAAAUUCUUAAGGCAAUAUGACUACAAGAAAUUUGAAUGGUUGUUAGAAAAACUAAAUAUUCAGUAUAAGGGCCAUCCUGAGACACUUCAUAAAUUAUCUCGCAAAGAAUCACUCAGGAAAUUAACUGAAAUGCACUGCGAUGAAAUCCGAAACAACAAACUAUCUGACUACAGAAAUCUACUCGAAAGUCAGCAAGGCCCCUUCCUACAAGAGAAACUAAAUGCACUUAAAUUCAUAAGAAGUGAACAAAUUGAAUUACAAUUGCCAGUUACUGUUACUGAACAAGAUAUUAACAAGGUUCAGGCACAAUUAGAACAAUGGAAAAUAAUGGAUGAACAAAAGCAACAAGCUCAGAGAAAGAAGAAGAAUCUAUUGUCAGAUUAAAUGGCGUCUUAUUAUUUAGUGUAAUAAUAUAGAGUUUUAAAGUC